UCCAAGCCGUUCUAUUCUAAGGAAAUAUUAUUCCAUAUUAUCUGAAAUUGUUGAGAAUUAUUAAAUAUAUAUAUAAUCAUUUUAUGAUCUCUCUACUUAACUACUAAGAGUGUGUAAACAAAAAUGUCUCAUACAAUACUAUUAGUACAACCUGGUGUUAGACCUGAAACGAGAACAUAUUCUGACUAUGAAAGCAUUAAUGAAUGUAUGGAAGGAGUUUGUAAAAUUUAUGAAGAACAUCUAAAGAGACGUAAUCCAAACACUCCAACUAUUACUUAUGACAUUAGCCAGUUAUUUGAUUUCGUUGAUCAGUUAACGGAUUUAUCCUGUCUUGUGUAUCAAAAAUCGACAAAUACUUAUGCUCCUUAUAAUAAGGAUUGGAUCAAAGAAAAGAUAUAUAUUUUAUUGCGUAGAGCUGCGGGACAUGGAGAGUAA